UUCCCCUCCUCUUCCGCCCGCCGCCCGCGGCCCACGCCGCCAUCCUUAUUUGCGCUACCAGCAAGGACCCAAAGCUCCCGCCCGCGCGUCCCUUCUACGAUCCGGUCCUGCUGUUCCGCCAGAGAGCGAACCCAUGAUUCCGCCUUUGUUCUAGCUGCCGCUGCGUGCUGCCAAUUCCGAAGAUCGACUUACAGGACUGGAGAGGCGGCUCGUUCCUUCUCUAUUCAUCAGGCUCCCAACACACGCCCCUGCUGCGAUGUUGGAGGGCAAGGGCCGCACUCGCGGCGGUGCGCAGGUGAAGGCCCGGGAGGCGGCCUGCAACGCCGUUGCUGGCGGCUCGGCUGGGUUCAUCUCGGCAACGGUGCUGUGCCCGCUGGACGUGCUCAAGACGCGUCUGCAGGUGUACGGCAUCCCUUCCAACCUUUCCUCUGGCUCUGCACCGCCUGGUAAGGUAAUUAUUUCAGGAUUGCAGCACAUACUCAAAACAGAAGGACUGCCUGGGUUGUAUCGUGGCCUUUCUCCCACAAUAGUAGCGCUAUUUCCAACUUGGGCUGUUACAUUUUCAGUAUAUAAUUACAUGAGGGGUCUUCUUCGGUCUCAAGAUGCUAGAAAUAGUGAACUUUCAGUACAAGCAAAUGUUUUAGCUGCUUCAUGUGCUGGGAUUGCAACAGCUAUUGCAACUAAUCCAUUGUGGGUUGUGAAAACUAGGCUACAAACACAAGGGAUGAGGCCUGGUGCGGUUCCUUACACAGGCAUUUUAUCUGCGUUACAUAGGAUUGCAGCAGAAGAGGGUCUCCGUGGAUUGUACAGUGGUCUUCUUCCUUCUCUAGCUGGGGUUACUCAUGUAGCCAUCCAGUUCCCAGUAUAUGAGAAGGCGAAGCUGUACGUUGCCAAGAAAGACAAUACUACAGUUGAUAAGCUUGGCCCUGGACAGGUAGCUAUUUGUUCCUCAGGGUCCAAAGUAACAGCCUCGAUAAUAACAUACCCUCACGAGGUUGUACGGUCUAAGUUGCAAGAACAAGGUCGUGUUUCACAUGGUGCUAGGUACACUGGUGUAUCUGAUUGCAUAAAGCAAGUGUUCCAGAAGGAGGGAGUUGCCGGCUUCUACCGAGGUUGUGCUACAAAUUUGCUGCGAACAACGCCAAAUGCGGUCAUUACUUUCACCAGUUAUGAGAUGAUCAAUCGACUCAUGCACCAGCUCUUGUCCCCUUAAUCGAAAGACCGGAAUGAUUGGAUCUUCAAUGAUCUUGCAAUGCUGACACAUACCAUCUUUGAUGUGUUGUGGAUGUAAUGGUUCGUGAUCAAGAUUGCACUGGCAUUUGUCCAUUAUUGAAGAAAAGUCACCGAAGACUGGCAGAUUUUGGUGAAAGAAGUACAUAAAGACCCAAAGGUUUUUGAUUCGCCGUUACAGAAGAUCCAUUCAUUUACCAUCUAACUCUGAAGUGUAAUAGCUAGAGCCAAUCAGUUGUCUCUAGAACACUGACAUGCUAAUUGCCCUUUUAUGUUGACUAGGACAAAGCCCGUGCUUCGCUAUAGACA